AUGUCGGUGCUCGAGCCCUCCCGUAGUAUCAUCCUCGCGACUGUCGAGGAGUUAGGGACUACCGCGUAUUCUUACGUGACCUCUCGACUUCCGAGUCGGGGGACGGUCAAUUGCAAUCGGGAGAGGAGCGCCUGUUGCCCGUGGGUGAGGAAUAAACUAAUAAGAGUCGGACACAUGUUCUUCAAGUCUUUCAUCAGAACCGACUCGUACCAUCUAGAAAAAGUGGGUAUCAAUGCAACUGAGAUGAAGGGGAAGAUCAUGGGAGUGCCAUUGCCCAAGGUUGUAGAUCUCCUCGAGGAAGCUGAGAAAGCUCGGAUAGAUGCUACCGACGUGCUCCCGACUCGGGCUGCGGAUAUGGCGCGCUGGUUUGGGGCACUGAGCGCUGACAAUGGGCAGUGGUCGAGUGCUGCGCAGGACAGGGUAUGGCGGGCCAGCCAUGGUUCCAGUGCAGCCGAGGGCCGAGCAUCAGUUGGCAUGACCGCAAGGGAUUGGAAGAAAUCACAAACCGAUUUCCAAGCCUAUCAGAGCCCGGCCUUGCUCGGCCCCAUUAACCAUUUGAAAAUUCGAUAA